AUGCAGCUGCCCGCGACGCCGCUCCUGGACCCUGUGCAGUCGCGCUCAGUCUCACCCGCGCCCUACCCUACCUGCUCCGCGCUGUUGCUCUGCACGCGCGGUUGCCCGCGCCCUCGUGCGCUCUACCCUACCUGCUCCGCGCUGUUGCUCUGCACGCGCGGUUGCCCGCGCCCUCGUGCGCUCUACCCUACCUGCUCCGCGCUGUUGCUCUGCACGCGCGGUUGCCCGCGCCCUCGUGCGCUCUACCCUACCUGCUCCGCGCUGUUGCUCUGCACGCGCGGUUGCCCGCGCCCUCGUGCGCUCUACCCUACCUGCUCCGCGCUGUUGCUCUGCACGCGCGGUUGCCCGCGCCCUCGUGCGCUCUACCCUACCUGCUCCGCGCUGUUGCUCUGCACGCGCGGUUGCCCGCGCCCUCGUGCGCUCUACCCUACCUGCUCCGCGCUGUUGCUCUGCACGCGCGGUUGCCCGCGCCCUCGUGCGCUCUACCCUACCUGCUCCGCGCUGUUGCUCUGCACGCGCGGUUGCCCGCGCCCUCGUGCGCUCUACCCUACCUGCUCCGCGCUGUUGCUCUGCACGCGCGGUUGCCCGCGCCCUCGUGCGCUCUACCCUACCUGCUCCGCGCUGUUGCUCUGCACGCGCGGUUGCCCGCGCCCUCGUGCGCUCUACCCUACCUGCUCCGCGCUGUUGCUCUGCACGCGCGCCCCGAGACGCGAAAACAGCCGCACCGAUACAGGUCAUGGAGCAGGCAAUUUUCCGUCGUGGAGCUCCGUGACCAAUCGUUCUCGCUUCACUCCCUGGCACUUUCCAGCAUAA